UACGUAUGUGUAUCGAAAAACAUGCGGGUUUGAAAUCACUGUUUAUACCUUGCAAUAUUUACCAUGGAAACGCGGGUCGCUUUCUAUCUUAAAACUGAUGGUAAAACGAAAGCAAAACCACACUAUAAGAGAUAGGACAGCGAGAAAUCCAAUAGUCGUUUAGGUUCACCAGUAUAAAAACAAAGCCGGAAAGACUAUUAAAGCGAGCAUUCAGCAGAAGCCUUUUCCAUUUAGUUAUGGAUGGAUUUAAGAUUGUAAUUUCUACCUCUUAUGUUGUAUUAUAGCAGUGAUACGAUAGUCGCGUUUGUAAGAUAACUAUAACCGUGUAGAGGUUUGAAGGUCCCUUUACAUUAUGAAUGGUAAGAAAGCAUCACGCGCGCGAGUUUCUCAUUGUAUGAACGAAACUCGCUAAUAUAGAAAUAUUUAAAUGGAAAUCAAUUGAGGUUAUAAUUUCUUUCAUUUUAUUUAUGAUUUCUUUUUCGACAUACCCUUAAAUCAGCAAUCUCCAAAGACUAGUAUUUGCUACAAUAGAAUCCUUUGAGAGCAUCCGGUUAUACUUGCCGCUAGCAUGAAAGAGAGCUAUCAUUCAUUAAAAAAUAAUUUCAUUAGAGAAACUACUUCAGAUGGCACGUGUGUAACUGCUUUUUGGCGCUACUGGUCAAAAGCGCUUUCUAAGUUACAUUACUUUGGAUGUGUUUCGUUUAGUCUGGUAGUAAAUUAUGCUUGGCCUUAUGUUUUGGAAUCUUUCCAACCUAAUAUAUGCGAAAAAGAAAGAACACUUCUUUAUGAUAAUAUUCAGUAUAUAAUCUAUACUUCAGAUUUGCUUGUCGGGGAUCAUAAGUUGCAUUGUCAAGGAAAUCUGAACUUUGGAUCCUCUAUUCCGAUCCCAACUCCUCCAUCUUUCUCUUCAAAAAAGUUAUGGUAUAUUUUUACUUAUCAAUCUGUCUUGCAAAUUAGUUAUUGCUUAGGCUUCUACUGCGUGGUUUCAUUACUUUGCAAAUUCAUAUAUCUUAAGCCCCUCAAAGUGGUCUUUUUCAGUUAUCUUCUUUUCUCAAUUGCUAUAAUAUUUUGCCAUUUUUGGGUAUAUUACACUCGCAUAGCCAGUUUGGACAGCAUAUAUCGUUUAACUCAUGCUUUGCAAGCUUUCGAAGAUGUUUCCAAUCGGGUAUACACUCAGAUCUGCGAGCUAGGCCAUCCGGAUUACUUGUUAAGUUCCUCUGGUGGCUUAUAUCAUCAUACCCAAGUUUGUCAAAUCAAUCGAAACCAAGAAUUGUUAUCCCGAAAAGUAUCCGAUCUAUUUGGAAAGCUGUUACCGUCAUACCAAGCACUAUUGUCAAGGCUAUAUCCAUUUACAGCUCCAUUUUUUUUAAGGGAUCUUCUACUUCUCUACAAGCUGCCGAAUUGUUUCACUAAUACUUCUACCCCAUUUUUACCGAAGCACAAUUCGAAUCCCAACCUCCAGCGAAAUUCACUGUAUUCUCUCCGGAAAGAGGCAAUUGAAUACAACUCUCAUUCUAAUGGGUCAUUGCUUUUUUUGGUGAAAAGCUACUCUGAUUUAACGAUUAUAUCUAAACAAGUUCUUUGUUGUAUACUGUCGUUUUCUGUACAUACGUUCCCUCAAGAAUGCACUUCCUGGCCAACACUGUGUCGUAAUAUUGACAGUUUUACUUCUGUGAUUUUUGAAAAUACCCAACAACUAUCUUCAUUCUCUCCCUCUAUAUCAGAAACUGGUGCAAUAACUUCAGAAAACGAGCUUAUUAAUCAUUCUCCUCAUAACCAUCUUUUAGAUGUGAAUAAUCUUAAAAAGCAUUUACAGAAUUUACAUUUUGCCAUGCUUGAAACACAUGGCAACAUCAGUGUAUACUUACAAGAAAAUGCUAAUACUGAUUCCCAUGAAGUAGCGUUAAAAGAGUACGAUCACUUUGGUUUUCAGCUAAAAGGAUUACUUUCUGAGUGGGAAUUUUAUCGUGAUAUGUUGAAUUAUUCUCCGAGAAAAAAAGAAUAAUUUCAAUGCUUUCAGUAAGCAUUGAAGUCUUAUUAUGAACAUUAAUUUUCAGCACGAAAAUUCUGAUAGAAGGUUCCUCAAAUCUUUAUGGCAACUACUCGUCCUAAUGGAGCCAAUUUUCUGUACUUUUUAUUUUGGAUUUACAUGGUUAUAUCAAAUUUCGAAGAAGGUUGCUUCAUAAUUUAAUUUAAUUUAUUUUCAAUUUAUAUUCCAAAUUUAAGUACUGCUAAGUUUAGCGUGGAACAGUCAACAAAUCUACUUAGCUAUCCUGCUUUGAUAUAGAAGCGGUCUCUUUUUCUUGUAACUUAAUUAAUCAUGCACGUUUUAUAGAUCAUUAUAUAUAUAUAUAUAUUAUUAGUUAUAUUACUGA